UAGGCUGUUUAGAUACCUGCUAUUGAGUUCACAAUAUGCCUGGAAAGGAAGACAUUCGUAUGCGUGAUAUGCAAUUUGUUUUGCUGCAAGAAAUACUACGAGUUCAUGUGAUCAAAGUGGCGUUGUUAUUUGUCUAUUAUCAUAAGACUAGGCUAGGCAAAAGAAGGCGUGAAUCUGGAGCCCUAAAAUAUGAGAUAAUCCGUAAAUGGCCUGACCAAGAAAAACAUUUGAGCCGCUUAUUUGGUCUUAGUGAUGUUGACUGCAUAUCCAACCUUCGAAUGGACCGUAGGACGUUUGCUAGGUUGUGUGUUAUUCUGCGAGAACGGGGGGGGGGGGGUUGGUUAACGGGCGAUUCGUUACUGUUGAGGAACAAGUAGCAAUGUUUCUUUCAGUUUUAGCCCACCAUAAAAAGAAUAGAGUUGUUCGGUUCGACUUUUGGAGAUCUGGUCAAACAAUAUCACACUACAUACACGCCGUUUUAGGGGCUAUUAUACGGCUACAUGAUAUGUUCUUAUCCAAGCCAGAGGCUGUCCCCGCGGAUUGCAAUGAUCCCCGAUGGCAGUGGUUUAAGGGCUGUUUAGGGGCAUUAGACGGCACGUAUAUUAGUGUCAUGGUUGGUAACGAGGACAAACCCCGAUAUAGAACAAGGAAAGGGCAGAUAUCAACGAAUGUGUUAGGUGUAUGCGAUCGGAAGUUGAAUUUCAGCUAUGUUUUAGCCGGUUGGGAAGGUUCGGCUGCGGACUCUAGAAUCUUACGAAAUGCAAUUAGUAGACCUCAUGGCCUUAAGGUCCCAAAGGGGAAGUACUACUUGUGUGACAAUGGUUACGCGAAUAGUGAUGGUUUCCUAACGCCGUUCAAGGGCGUUAGGUACCAUUUAAAAGAGUGGGGACCAAACAAUGCACGCCCACAAAAUAAAGAGGAGCUUUUUAACUUGAGACAUAGUAAAGCAAGGAACGCCAUAGAGAGAGCCUUUGGGAUCUUGAAGAUGAGAUGGGGUAUACUAAGAUCGCCAUCUUUUUAUCCAAUUCGAGUGCAAAACCGACUUAUAAUGGCAGCCUUUUUACUUAACAAUUUCAUUCGGAUGGAAAUGGCAGUAGAUCCUAUUGAACAACAACUAGAUGCCAUGCCCCAAGACAAUGAUGCAACAUUAGAUGGGACAUCCGAUGAAUUUGUAGAUGAAGUUGAUAGUUCCCCACAUUGGAACGCGGCAAGGAAUGCAUUGGCCGAGGCAAUGUGGUUACAAUAUGUAAAUAACAAUUAGGUUUCAUACUUCUUUUUAAUUAU